AUACCCAUAUUUCUCCCAUAUUGUCAUUUCUAUCUUUGGUCCUUAUAGCCAUUAUAUAUAAAGGAAAAAUAGAAAUCUCUAGAGAGAGUAGUGGUAUUGUUGAGUAGAAAAAUGGAUAGGUAUCAGAAGGUAGAGAAGCCAAGGGCAGAAGAAGCCAUUAAGGAGAAUGAAAUCAGAGUUACUGCACAAGGCCUUAUUCGUAAUUACAUUAGCUAUGCCACUACUCUUCUUCAGGACCAACGAACAAAUGAAGUUGUUUUGAAGGCCAUGGGACAAGCUAUCAGUAAAACAGUUGCCAUUGCAGAGAUUAUAAAGAAGAGAAUUCCUGGUUUGCAUCAAGAUACAUCUAUCAGCUCAACUACCAUAACUGAUGCAUAUGAGCCUCUUGAAGAGGGUCUACAACCCUUGGAGAUGACUCGCCAGGUCUCUCUAAUAACAAUUACGUUGUCGACUGCUGAGUUGAAUAAAAGCUCCCCCGGAUACCAAGCUCCAUCUCGUUCUGAUCAGUCAGGGGCCGAGAAUCAACAACUGCAGCAAGCAAGACAAGCCUAUGUUCUUUCUGAUCUUAAUCAAGAUUCUUAUGGCAUCCGCGGUCGAGGCCGAGGUAGGGGCAGAAGCAGAGGGCUGGGAAGAGGACGCGGCAGGGGUGGUUAUGGAAACUACUACCAAGAUGAUGGAGGAUACUAUAACCAAGGUCGAGGUGGUGAAUUAGCAGAUGAUGGUGAAUAUUACAAUCCAGGUCGAGGUGGUGGAUUUGCAGAUAACGGUGGAUAUUUCAAUCAAGGUGGUCGGGGAAGAGGUUGGGGAUACCGUGGCAUGGGAUAUGGAAGGGGCAGAGGCAGAGGAGGAGGCUGGGGUGGCGGCAGAGGGUAUAGUCGUGGACGAGGCCGGAUGGGUGGUCGAGGAGGAAGGGGUGUUGGAAACCAGUACAGGCAAGAAGAGUUCACUGUCAGAGCUUAAAUCUAUAGCUACAUCUUUUGGCAUGGUGUGAAACUUUUUUGAGUGAAUUUUCAUGCAGUUUUGUUUGGUGUUACUUGUCAAAAGUUUUGUUAUUUUGGUGCGGUUUCUUUUCUUAGAUGAUUCAUUUAUGAUGCCAUGUAAUAAGUUUUCCAUUUUUUUUCAGUGUAUAUAGACUGUUUACUUAACUUUUCCUUUCAUAGUAGUAUAUUCAUUUUGAUCUU